GGCGUUUUACCACCGAUGGCGCCACUAUUCAAUAAUAAUAUUAUGAUCGUAUGUUAUGAACAAAACACAUGUAUGUAAUCAAUUACUAAUCAGGAAUAUGUAACAAUGGUGCAGUUUAGUAUGAUUUAAAGUAACACUUAAAUAAAUUUCUACUUAAAAUACUAUAGAAAAUCGCGUAAUAUUGAAUUUAUCUAAAUGAUUUCAUAUGUUAAUCUAUACUAACCUAAUUCUACAAGUGAAAUAACAAUAAAUCUCAAAUAAUUAUAUCUUCGAGUUUAUAAUUUCAUUUAGAAGCUGCAGUUAUGAAUUUACUACCGAAAACUCACGAAGAAUUUAGUCAAGUCGAAUAUUGGAAUACAUUUUUCAAGAAGCGUGGAAAAAAGAAUUUUGAAUGGUAUGGAGAGUAUCCAGAAUUAUGUAGUAUACUCUUGAAAUAUAUGAAAGUAAAAGAUAACAUAUUAAUCGUUGGCUGUGGUAACUCUACAGUCAGUAUGUGUUUAUAUGAUGUUGGUUAUAGAAAUAUUACAAAUAUUGAUAUAUCACAUAUAGUCAUUAAACAAAUGCAUGACAUUAAUGCCUCUGUGAGGCCAGAUUUAAUUUAUGAACAAAUGGAUGCUACACAAAUGACAUACCUGAAUGAUACAUUCAGUGUUAUUUUAGAUAAAGGUACUUUGGAUGCUCUUAUGCCAGAUACUAAGGAAGGAACAAUAUCUACAGUCAAUAGAUAUUUUAAGGAAAUCACGAGAGUUUUGCGUAAUGGCGGUAGAUACAUUUGUAUCUCUUUAUUACAAGAGCACAUUUUAAGAGAACUUAUAUCUUAUUUUCCAAGUGCUGGGUUUAUGUUUCGUAUAGUACGUUGUCAUGAGGCAGAAACGAAAGCACGAAUCGAAGAAGGAAGUUUGAUCCCGAUUUUCGUAGUGAUUGCUACAAAAUUUACGACUUUAUCACAAUCGGUCCUGGAAGUAGUGUUAGUCGAUGGUCCCCCAAAACGAUUGUCAACAGCAAAUGAAGUGAUAUCUGCUAUACUAUCGGCGCAACAGUCUGCGUUAAUAUGUAACAGUUUACAGAAACGUAGCGUGGCCGAUGUUGGUGAAAUAUCAUUAGAUUUACAUCGUCCUGACGAUAAAUAUCCCCGCUACACAGUCUAUGUCUUAGAUCGGCCUAAAAUAUAUGGCACAAAAACGUAUGCAGCAUUUAUAGUGCCGCAAGGAAAAGAAACAGAUUGGUUAUUUAGCACGAAAGAAGGUAGACAGCAAGUUCUCAAAAGCGCGCAACGCGAUAGGCUCGCAAUCGUUACGUUGCGUAGGGAGCACAAGUUUGAAAACUGGGAUGCUGUGAAAAGCGAACUGGAAGAUUGCAUUUUGAAUUUAGCACCGGAAGGUUUGUCUGGUAAAAGUGAUAUUCCGUUUUUGUCGUUGGGUUCCGACGUAGGAGUUAGAAUUACGUGCUACGAAGGGAAAAGUGACCUUAGCGGUCUCUUCGUUGUCGAGGAGAUCGAAAGAGAUGGUUACGAGUUUAGGAGACUGGUGUUUUUAAACAAUCCGUAUGUCAUUCAAAGCGAAGCUCGUCUGAAACAAGCUAAAUCGAGACGAGGUAAAAUGAAGAAAGUUAUCGAUUCUGGUUUCCUAGCUUGCAAUCACCAUUUGUACAUGAGUAUCGGCGUCAGUUCUGUUAUAAAUACUAAAGAAUCUGACGAAAUCAUGAUCGUUGGACUAGGCGGAGGAAGUUUAUGCACGUUUCUUUACAACUGUUUUCCUAAACUGAAAAUUAUUGCGGUUGAAAUUGACGAAAUGAUGCUAAAGGUUGCAACUGACUACUUUGGUCUCAUUCUUGACAAUAGAAUGAAGGUUGAAAUAUCAGAUGGAAUUCGUUUCAUUAAAGAUAGUGCAGAGAAAGGACAAAAAUAUAAAGCUAUCCUCUUCGACGUAGACAGUAAAGACACUACCGUCGGAAUAAGCUGUCCACCCAAACAAUUUCUAGAAAUGACUAUAAUAAGAUCAGUUUUGGAAUGUUUGACAGACGACGGCGUCUUUAUUUUAAAUUUAGUCUGUCGGGAUGAAAGCAUCAAGAAGAAAGUGAAGAGCGAUUUGAAAUCUGUGUUCAAAUGUAUGGCGUGUUACUCUAUGCAAGAUGAAGUGAAUGAAAUUAUUAUAUGCACCAUAAAUGAAAACGAUUCUACCGAAUGGAUGAACAAGUUGAAAGCUGCUGCAACGAACUUGAACGAACAAGCGUGUGCGAGAAAACUAUUGAGUACCGCGGACAUGUUUGAUUUAUCAUCUUUCAUGGAAAAUCUGUCUGUAGAAUUUUAAUUAUGUAAUGAAUUAAAUAUUAUUGUAUGCUGUUU